CAGUUAUCACGGCAAAACAUAGAAGAUGCAACUACGUCCCGCUGCAAACGAGCCCGAGUCUCAGCCAAACUACAGCCCUGAGACGGCACAGCGACCCCGCAGGACCGACUUCCUCCAUCCCGGCUACUCUAAUGGGAUAGUGCUUCUCUCGCUGCCCGCACUCGAUAGCGGCGGCAUCGACUAUGACACGGCCCUGACCGCCUGCGGCCUCAUUGCCGGCAAUCGGUGGGGCGAUGGAUUCUUCUCGUCGGACCGCAUCGGCGCCCUGAGGGUGGAGCGCCCGAAUGGCGGCAUCCUGCGCGAGGCGCAAUACUUCUUUCAACUUCCGGCCCCGCUUGACCCUCCAUACCCCGUCGUGCCGCGCUUCGCGGAAUGGCGCUUCCCGCACACAAUUUGCCACCCUUGUAGCAGAGAUGGGCGGAAAAUGCGGCAGCGACCCGCACGGCAGCAGAGGCAGCGAGGGUAUCCCUGACGACGGGGUGAGGUUAGGUGAAGUUACUAUGCCUACUUCUGCCGGAGCAUA